AUGGAUUUUCUACAUACACCGGAAAAUCAGAUUCUUGUGGGCGUCGCUGUAGCUGUUGUAGCUGUUGGGGUUGCUGCUGUCUAUCUCUUUUCCUCCAAGAAGUCCAAAGGCAUCUUAAACCCAGAGCAGUUCAAGGAGUUUAAGCUUGUCAAGAAAGAACAACUGAGCCAUAAUGUUGCAAAGUUCACUUUUGCACUCCCGACACCUACUUCUGUUUUGGGCCUUCCAAUCGGACAGCACAUAAGUUGCAGGGGUAAGGAUGGUGAAGGUGCUGAGGUUAUCAAACCGUAUACUCCAACAACAUUAGAUUCUGAUGUUGGACAUUUUGAACUAGUUAUCAAGAUGUACCCACAAGGAAGGAUGUCACACCAUUUCCGUGAGAUGCGCGUUGGGGAGUAUCUUGCUGUUAAAGGACCAAAGGGACGUUUCAAGUACCAACCGGGUGAGGUUCGAGCAUUCGGGAUGCUUGCCGGAGGGUCUGGAAUCACUCCAAUGUUCCAAGUUGCUAGAGCAAUUUUAGAAAACCCGAAUGACAAGACCAAGGUGCAUCUUAUCUACGCCAAUGUUACAUACGAGGACAUUCUUUUGAAGGACGAACUUGAUGGUCUUGCUAGUAACUAUCCAGAUCGAUUCAAAAUUUACUAUGUAUUAAAUCAGCCUCCCGAGGUAUGGGACGGUGGCGUCGGAUUUGUAUCAAAGGAGAUGAUUCAAACACAUUUGCCUCCUCCAGCACAAGAUAUUAAGAUAUUGAGAUGUGGUCCGCCACCAAUGAACAAGGCAAUGGCUGCUCACCUUGAAGCCCUGGAAUACGCACCUGAGACGCAGUUUCAGUUUUGA